CUAGUCUUCCGGAAAGCCACACGAAGAAGUUCGGCGCUGCCUGUCAAACAAGGAGGCAAUCCUUCUUCGGUGGAUUACAUUUUAGAAUAACUAAACAGCGACAUGGAAUCGGAGAAAGUAGUGCAAUCAACAGGAGAGGAUGUCCCUGACCCAGAGGAGGAAGAGAAGAGGCUGGCGGCAGCAGCCCGGGAAGCCAACCAUCUAUCUGAGCUGAGGCUGGUGCUGUUGGGCUGGAGGUGGCCUGGGAAGAGCCUGACAGGCAACACCAUACUGGGCCGCGAGGAGUUCCGCCAGGAGCGGGCGGCAGAAUUCUGCGUCAAGCGUCAGACAGAGGUGGAGGGGCGCCAGGUGACGGUAAUAGACACGCCGGGCUGGUACUCCACCCAGGCCACACCGCCGGUCUACCAACAGGAGAUGGUGCGGGGCGCCUCCAUGUGUGGGCCCCCAGGCCCCCAUGCUUUCCUGCUGGUCAUCCCCGUAGACAUGUUUACCGAGGUGGACCGGGCCCGCAUCGAGGAGCACCUGGCCCUGUUCGGGCAGCGUGUGUGGAAGCAUACCAUCGUGGUGUUCACCUGGGCGGAGGUGCUGAGGAACAUGUCCAUCGAGAGGCACAUCAAGCGAGAGGGGAAGGAUCUGCAGUGGGUGCUGGAAAAGUGCAAGAGGAGGUACAUUGUCAUCAGUAACUACAUAUUUGGGGAGCACCCCCAGCUACGGCAGCUCAUGGAGAAGAUAGAGAAGGUGGUGGAGGAGGAGGGCAUCUAUAACCCAGAGGAGGUAGAGGAGAAGAAACCUCUGGGCCAGAAUCAGAACCAAACCCAAAACCGGGAGCUUGGGGCAAGGCCCAAAGUGAACUCUGCCGUAGGAUUGGCCAAAAUGGACAUGGACCCACCCCACAAUUCAGUUGAUGGACUGUGACUGACUGAAGGACAGAUGGUGAGCCACCACAGGACUGAUUUUGAGAGCUCUAUGUCCAUACAUUACCCCAACCUCAGGGCCUGUAUUCAUAAAGCGUCUGAUCUACGAUCACUUUGCCUUUUAGAUCAUAAUGAAUGAGACGGGGGUCCCAAUCCUAGAUCAGCACCACUCCUACUCUAAGAUGCUUUAUGAAUACAGGCCCAGAUUAUUUUAGACCUUUAAGACUUAACUGUUAUUUAUAUUAAGGUGAGAAAGAUUAUCUGUAACUGGAUGUAGGCUAACUUGAUCAGGGGUCGCGUUAAUGCAGAAUUCUGUGUUUUUCACGCAGGAAAAUAAAAGAUUAAACGCAUAAGAUGUAUAUUUUAAAUGCAGAUCUAAAAUGCUUCUUAUUGUAAUUUAUGUUCGGCAUCAGACUUAUUUUGUGCUUCAGUUGCAAUUCUACACUCCGAUGAUAAUUCACGAACGGCAUUCUAUCAGAAGACAGCACUCUGACUGAUGUGUGGCUACAUUCUUUCUAUGAUAAACAUUAGAAAUAUGAUGGCCAUGCAUCGUUUUUGCUAAACGUACCUUGCUUUUUUAUUGUAAGCUAAUUUACUUGUGGCUGCCAGCCAAAUAGCGUUGCACUUCUGUUGUCAUAUGAUGAAAAUGAAGCUAUUUUCUGCCGAAUGUG